GGACGACGAUUGGAGUCUGGGCCGCAGCAACCAUGGCCGACCGCGACCCCCACGACGAUGAAGAGGCGGUGCGCAGCCAGGAGGAGGAGGAGGAGCCCAGCCAGCGCGCGGUGGAGGGCUCUGAGGAUGAGGGGGAGGACCUGAUGGACGGGAUGGAGGGGGACUACCGCGCUAUGGAGCAUCUGGACCGCUAUGAGCGCGAGGGCAUCGACGACCAGUUCAUUGACGAUGUGACAGAGGAAGAGAGGUUUGCGGCACGGCUGGCAGCGGAACGCGAGCUGGCUGACCGCGACGUGCUCGAGGGGCGGCUGACUGGGCGCCGCCGUGGCUUGCCUGCGGCACUGGAGGAGGAGCUUGACGAGGAUGUGCGGCGACCGCGGCGCCGGCGGCGGCUGGAGGAGGCGCAGGCGGGCAUGGAUGAGGACGAGGAUCUGGGUGAGGUUGAGAUUGACCUGGACCAGGCGCGGGGCCCCAUCCGCGAGUGGAUUGCGCAGGAGCCGGUGCGGCGUGAGAUCCACCGCCGCUUUGCUCGCCUGCUGAAGACUUUUUCUGAUGACAAUGGGGACGCCGUCUACAAGCAGCGCGUGCGCGACAUGGUUCGGACCAACUCCUCCUCCCUGGAAGUCAACUACCUGGACAUCGCCAACACCAUGCCCGUGGUGGCCAUCUGGCUGGCAGACCACCCGCGCGAGAUGCUGCCCAUCCUGGGGGAGACGGCCAAGGAGGUGGCGCUGGAGGAGUUUGAAGACUUCUCCAACGUGGCCGACGCCGUGUUUGUGCGCAUCGCAAAUAUCCCGCUCCAGGAGUCGCUGCGUGACCUGCGCCACUUCCAUCUGAAUCAGCUGGUGCGGGUGGACGGCGUGGUGACGCGGCGCACCGGCGUGUACCCGCAGCUGCAGCGCACCUUCUACGACUGCAUGAAGUGCGCUGCCGUGCUAGGCCCCUACUUCCAGACCGGCGACAAGGAGAUCAAGCUGGGCUCCUGCCCUUCCUGCCAGUCUAAGGGGCCCUUCCAGGUCAAUGUCAAGGAGACAGUGUACCGCAACUACCAGAAGGUCACGCUGCAGGAGAGCCCUGGCAGCGUGCCCGCGGGGCGCCUGCCACGCUCCAAGGAGAUCAUCCUGCUACACGACCUGGUCGAUUCGGUGCGGCCCGGCGAGGAGGUCAUCGUCACAGGCAUCUACCAGCACAGCUUCGAGGCGGCGCAGAAUGCACGGCACGGCUUCCCCGUUUACUCUGUCAACAUUGAGGCCAACCACGUGCAGAAGAAGGGGGACCAGUACAGCGUGGCGCGGCUGACCGAUGACGACAAGGCGGAGAUCCGGGCGCUCGGGCGCGACCCGCGCAUCGGCGAGCGCAUCGUGGCCUCUAUUGCCCCCUCCAUCUACGGCCACAAAAACAUCAAGCAGGGCAUCACGCUGGCGCUGUUUGGCGGCCAGGAGAAGCACCCGAGCGCCACGCACCGCUUGCGUGGUGACAUCAACAUGUUGCUGCUGGGCGACCCCGGUACCGCCAAGUCGCAGUUCCUCAAGUACAUUGAACGUGUGGCGCACCGUGCCGUGUACACCACCGGCAAGGGCGCCUCCGCUGUGGGCCUGACGGCUGCAGUUCACAAGGACGCAAUCACCGGAGAGUGGACAUUGGAGGGCGGCGCGCUGGUGCUAGCAGAUAGGGGCGUGUGCCUGAUUGACGAGUUUGACAAGAUGAACGACCAGGACCGCGUGUCCAUCCACGAGGCUAUGGAGCAGCAGUCCAUCUCCAUCUCCAAGGCGGGCAUCGUGACGCAGCUGCAGGCGCGCUGCUCCGUCAUCGCCGCCGCCAACCCCAUUGGGGGCCGCUACGAUGCCUCCAAGACCUUCAGCGAGAAUGUGGAGCUCACUGACCCCAUCCUGUCGCGCUUCGACAUCCUAUGCGUCAUCAAGGACACCGUGGAUCCAGUGAAUGAUGAGAAGCUGGCCGAGUUUGUCGUGGGCUCGCAUGCCGCCUCCCACCCCAAUGAUGUGGCGAUGGCUGCCGCCGCCGAGGAGGAGGGCGGCACGGCAGCUGGAAAUAACGGCGCAGACGGCACCGCGGGCAUGCUGUCACAGCAAAUGCUGCGUAAGUACAUCACCUAUGCCAAGCAGACAUGCCGUCCCAAGCUACAGUCGGCCGAUUAUGACAAGAUUGCGCAGGUGUAUGCGGAGUUGCGGAAGGAGAGCAGCGUGACGCAUGGCAUGCCCAUUGCUGUGCGCCACUUGGAGAGCAUGAUCCGGAUGUCUGAGGCGCGCGCCGCCAUGCACCUGCGCGAGUAUGUGAACGACGCCGACAUUGACUGCGCCAUUCGCAUCAUGCUGGAGAGCUUUGUGGCCAGCCAGAAGCUGAGCGUGCAGAAGGCGCUGCGCCGCAAGUUCCGGCGCUACCUUGCCGCCACAGCCGACUUCAACGGCCUUGUGUUGCUCAAGCUCCAGGAGUGCCUGCGGGACGCCCGCCGCGUGGAGGCCAUCACAGGGCAGCAGGAAGAUGAGGACAACUAUGUGGUGCCUGUCAGGCAGCUGGAGGAGCGGUGCCGUGACCUGGACAUCAUUGACCUCAAGCCCUUCUUUGAGAGCCCCGCCUUCAGCGAGGCCGGGUUCCGCCUGGCGCCAGGUGGCCAGGUGGUCCUGCUGGCGCGCGCAUGAGCGCCGGGUGGGCUAUCUCCCGCACAGACAUGGUAUUCCUUCCUUGCGCGGCAACAAUUGUACAUAACACUCGUGUGCAAACCACAAGCUAUG